CCUUCUACUCAUCACCCAUUAAAUAAUGGCAUCGACGACGCGACCUGUUGUUUUCAUGGACAUCAACAUUGGAGAGACGCCAGCAGGGAGACUCAAGAUGGAGCUGUUUAGCGAUAUUGUACCAAAGACGGCUGAGAACUUCAGGCAACUCUGCACCGGUGAAUACAGGGUCAACUCACGACCUCAAGGAUAUAAGAACGCGACAUUUCACAGAGUGCCGAACUUUAUGUGUCAAGGAGGUGACUUUUUAAAGGGUGAUGGUACUGGGUCAUUCUCGAUUUAUGGAGACAAGUUCCCGGAUGAGAACUUUCAAGAGAAGCAUACAGGACCCGGUCUCCUCUCGAUGGCAAAUUCUGGUCCUAAUACCAAUGGAUGUCAGUUUUUCAUUACUACGGCAAAAUGUGAUUUCCUGGAUGGAAAGCACGUUGUCUUUGGAAGAGUUAUCGACGGUAUGUUGACACUGAGAAAAAUCGAAAAUGUGGCCACAGGUCCCAAUAACAGACCAAAGCUCCUCGUUAAGAUUACAGAAUGCGGAGAGAUGUAGACACCGGUCUUGCUUCCCUUGUACUUAUAAUAUGAGAACUGUUACAGACUAAAAAAAAACAAUGCAAACACAUGCAUUUCAGUGAACGUGUUAUAUGAUGAAACAUGCAGAGCUCUAGCUCCAUAGGUGAGUGGUAUAGUUUUCUGUGAAUUGAACGAUCACAGUAUCCACAGAAGAGGACGCAGGAUAGUUGUGUACUUUCAUUCUUACUUUUACAAACCACAAACUACGUAAUCUUACAGGCACAUGAAAAUGAAGAGGUAGAUAGAUAUCUAGGUCAAAGCCUUCAUCGAACUUGCUGGGUCAUAGGCGCACCUGUCGGGACUGGCGCGUGUGGUACAGGUGCAUG